AUGGCUGAUGCACCUGCGCUCCGGCAACCAUCUUUGAUGCAGCUCACAUGGCUGGAGGCCUUUAACCGUGCAUUUGAUGAUCUCUGCACCAGAUUCUGGACACGAUUGGAUCAGCGUCCUCGCACCAUUCCACCUGAUCAGCCAGAACAUCAGAACUUUUUCCCUAGGCACGGAGCCUCUCAGGCUGACCCUAAUGCAUCUUCCAGCGGCUUCUUACCUGGGCUGCAAGCCAUGGACGGAAGACUUCUCCGACAGCGCUAA